CCCGAUCCGACCCCCGCUCGACACGCGGACAAGCUGAUCUGAUGCAAAAAGGACCCUUGGUCCGGGAUGCGAAAUACGGCAUCAUCAUCAUCAUCAUUAUGUUGAAGCAUUUCAAACAACAGCACUGAGGAUACUUACUCCGUACCCAUAUUAUUAGAUCUGGAUUACACUUUUUUUUAGUCAUACCUCAUAUUGCCUAACCCUGGUGUUUUUUGUUCUUAAUUUUAUUUUUAUUUUUAUUUAUUUUUAUUAAGGGCUUUUAGGCUCUCUUCUGUUGAAUGACCUACCCACUUGUAUCCAUUAUUUCCACCUCCUUGUCGCUGGAAACAGUAAUAUUUCAUGCUGACGCUACCGGACUGCCUAUGUCAUUGCUUUAAAACUCAUUUUCCCGCCUUGCUGUACCGUACACACCAGGGGUGGGGAGAGGAAUUGUCGGCCUGAUCUAGUGAAUCUGGGUGAAAACGGUCCGGUACCUGCCUUUUACCUGCCUUACAUCCAGUCCGGCACAUUGCCUCACCUUAGUGAACUUAACUCACUGGCCUAAACUAGACGAUCUGACCUUCAGCUACAUACAUUACUCCUUACCUACUUACUACUUACUUACCUUGGCUACAUUACAUAUCCGUCCAUACCUUUUGAUCAUGUCUCUAUCUUCUCUCACCUGCCCUACCAAACUAACCUAAUCUUGCAACCACCUUUUCUUCCCGAAUGCUUCGCAUCGGUUCGUUACCGAUACCUUGGGUUUUUAUCCAUUAGCUCGAUAAUAGCACGAACUGCAAAUCAGCGUACCAAGAAAAAGCCAGCCCACCCCCAUCUGCCUGAUCUCUUGGCUUGGCUGACAGUUUGACGACGAUACUCCUUGUAACUCGAUUAGGGUUGUUUCCACACAACACCUAAUUCGCUGCAGAACCUACUUUCCAAUCAAUUGGCCUUGUCCCCCUCCCGCAACCGGCAACCGGCUACGACAACGGGCGUCCAGCUAGCGCGUCUCUUUGCUUGGAUUGGUCUCAUCUCUUGAGCGUCACUGUCCACAGCCGUUGCCACUUGGGUAUCAACCUUGCAAUUCUAAACUCCCAAGGUACGAGCCACUAGACUAGAAAAUAAACACCCCCGGCACUGAUCCCGCACCAACCUAUCGAUUUCUCCACCGACUCUGUUGUCAGGGCUACGUUUCUUCUCUAUACUGUAGGGUGGCUGCACGUCCCCGGUUCGUUCACGUUGGGUGCAAAUUUUGCUUUGUACAUGUUGACUUGGGAACCACGGACCAUACUCUCGGCACCAACCGCUCUAGCUCGACCCUUUGCCCUGCAGACCGAGGCUCCCGGACGAUUGGAAGGGCUCAACAUCGCGCUAGAAGCCUCCUGUCUUCUCUAAUAGCUGUCAUCUACUGAGGGCCCGGCGCGCCAGGUUCCCUGCUAGUGAUACCCGCCGCAUGUCUGGUUUAGUAUUUCAUUGGCACAGCCGUCUCGCAUAUAUUGCUCCGUCCACCUGGCACCAUUGUGUUGUUCAACCACCUUUGGCACGUGGAAUAGCUUGUAUUGCUUCCAGACAGGUCUUGUUCAAGGAACUUCACGGGAAGUCAGCAAGGUUCUCCACCAAGAUGGCUCCAAGAAACGUUCUCAUCUACCUGUUCCGCAAAGAUCUGCGCGUCUCAGACAACCCGAUACUACAUACUCUCGCGACCCAAAAGGACCACGGUUUCACUCACCUUCUCCCUGUCUAUAUAUUCCCUUCAAAUCACGUCGAGAUCUCGGGCUUCAUUUCCGAUAAGUCAGAGAAGAGCCCCUACCCGGAAGCCAGGAGCAAGGUUUCUGGUUACUGGAGAUGCGGACCUUAUCGGGCCAAGUUCAUAUCCCAGGCAGUGUGGGAUGUGAAGAAAUCACUCGAGAAGAUAAACAGCGGGCUCCUGUUACGUCUCGGGAGCUUUCAGGAUGUCGUCGAGGGCCUUCUCGAUGGCCUCAAAGCACGAGGCGACGCUUGCUCGGUUUGGAUGGUCGGGGAAGAGGGACUCGAAGAAAUUCAAGACGAGAUUUCUGUAUCAAACGUGUGUAAAACGAGAGGCUUCGACUUCAAGAAACUCGUGGAUGAGAAGUACUUUAUCGAUGAUCGCGACUUGAACUUCGCUGAGCCCCAAGAACUGCCGGGGAUUUUUACAGACUACCGCAAGUCGGUUGAGCCAUUAAGAGAGAGACCAAGAAAGUCUUUACCAACACCUGAAACGGAUUCACUCCCGCCAUUCCCUGAGCCCGAUACUAUUGCCGAGCAAGCACGGCCAUUUUCAGUCCCAGAUAACUAUGAAGACCUUGAGACAGCGCUUUUGAAGCCUGUCAAGGACUUCUCCGGUGGUCCUUUCCCCGAGCAUGCCGAGAACGCCACCACCGCUCACCCGUUCAAGGGGGGCGAAACACCAGGACAGGAGCGUUUGCAAUACGUCAUGAGCUCUGGUAUAAUCAAGGACUACAAGACAUCUCGCAACGGUCUCAUUGGCCCCGACUUCAGUACAAAACUCUCGGCGUAUCUUGCACAGGGAUGCAUCACAGCGCGGCAGAUACAUGAAUCUCUACUCGGUUACGAGGACGGCACUGCCACUGAACUCCAAGAGAUCGAAGGGUUUGGGCAGGGUGAAAACAUCAACACCAAGUCAGUCAGGGAGGAGUUGAUGUGGAGGGACUACAUGCGACUAUACGCCAGAAAGAUCAAAGAAAAGCUAUACUCGGUCGAGGGUCCCAGGGGAGGUCGGAAUUAUGAUACCAGUAGCGGCGGGGAGGUUGCCGACGGCGGCUCGCCGCCUAUUGCCAAGAAGGUUAUCUGGAAGACGCCGGAUCCGGCAACUGCUGACCCGAGACAGACACCAGAGCCUGAAAAGAUCAAAGUGUGCUUAGAUAGGUUCCUGGCCGGCACGACAGGCCUCGGCUUGAUCGACGCCUCCAUGCGCGAGCUGCUGCAUACUGGAUACACAUCCAACCGAGCCCGGCAGAACGCGGCCAACUUCUUGGCUAAACAUCUAGGCAUCGACUGGCGAUGGGGAGCCGAGUGGUACGAGAUGUUGCUGGUAGACUAUGAUGUGUGUUCGAAUUGGGCGAACUGGCAGUAUGUCGCUGGUGUCGGAAACGAUCCGCGCGGCGAAGCCCGAAUCUUCAACCCUGUCAAACAAGCCUUCGACUACGACAAGGAGGGUGCUUAUGUGAAGAUGUGGGUGCCUGAGUUGGCGCCAUUCGGUAACAAGCUAGAGCUCGUCUUCCAAGCCUGCAAGGCUACUCCGCAGGAGCGAGACGAGGCUGGACUCUCGGACAACAUUAUGGUAACGGACCCAGUGAAGCGUAUCGCAUUCAACCCCAACGGCAAGCCCCCCAGCAAGAGGCCAUGGAAGAAGAAGGAAUCUAGCUCAGGCAACACCGCUGGCGGCGGGGGAGGUUCUCCCAACGAAGGCAGUCCCAGGACCGAGUCGCACGGAGGCUCACAGGGCAAGGGCGACGGCCUACAGCAAUCACGGGGUGGAAGGCAGCAGUGGCGUGGUGGUUCCCAGGGUUACCCUCCGCAGAUGGGUAGGGCUCAACCUGGCAAUGGGACCGGAUACCGAGGUUACCACCACGUCGCUUACGGCGGGUCAGGACCACAAGGCGGUCGGGGUGGUUGGCAGAGGCGACCUGCCGGACCUGGCCGGGGUGGGGGGUCACAGGGCUUCAACUACCGAAACCAAGGUGGUGGCGGCGGAUACUACUCAGGUCGUGGCGGUUACCCGCCGCAGCCGUACGAGGGAGGGUCUCCCAACUACGGCGCCAUCCAGGGAGGUGGGCAGCAUCCCAUCCCGCACUAUGGGCCGGGCGGUGGGGGCUCACCGCAGUCACAGCAGUGGACGCCACCUACCCAACGGCAGCAGCCGCAGCAGCAACAGCAGCAGUCCAACGCCUAGGAAGACGCCGGCGGCGCUGAGGGUUGGUGGCGAUCGCAGACGGGGGAGUUUCAGCCCCGCAUGAUGCAAUAUCCUACUUUUUAUGUACAGCUACAGCAGGAGCAGCAGCAGCAGCAACAGCAGCAGCAGCAGCGUCAGCAUUAUCAGGGUACAAACACUCCGCCACAUUUACAUCCUCAGCA